CUCUCCCUCUCUCCUCCCCUUCCCUCCCUCUCCAAACAGGAAGUCAGAGGAUAGAGGUCCUCCAUGGCCAAAGUGGGUCCAUCCGUCUGGACCCCGAGCUCCAGGUUAGCUCCGCCCACCGUCCACCUGCCAGACAUGGAGGCGGAGCCAAGUGAAGCCAGAGCCAAUCAAAGAGCAGGAGAUCUAUUCAACGCCAACAACAGCAACAACAACGAAGAAGAGGAGGAACAGAAGAAAAAGAAGAAAGAGAAGAAAGAGAAAAAACAGAGAAAAGAGCAAAAAGAGAAGGAGAAGCAAGAGAAGAAGGAGAGGAAGGAGAAGAAGCAGAAGGAGAAAGAAGAGAAGGAAAAGGAGGAGAAAGAGAAGAAGGAAAAGGAGGAGAAAGAGAAGAAG